AUGAGUGUGAUUGAUGCUGAUCAGCUACAAGGUGCGAGGAAGGACAAAGCGACAAGGAGUAACGCGCAAACAGGCAACGAGGCGGGGAACGAGAGAUUUACAGACAUGAGUGCACAGGCUAUUCGCGAUGCACACGAUGAAAACAUGAGCGAGAUCGGGCCACUUGACCAAAGUCAUGGCGGAGAGUCCCGACCUGAACUGACCUCAUUCUGGUCUGAUACUGGGCCAUCCAUGCUUGAAACGGGACUCUUGGGACCACGAGAACGGUCUAAAUCCGAGAACCAGGAGCCAUUGGAACCUUCCCUGGAUGGGAGACCGAAUCUGCCGGAGUCUGCCACUAACAUGUGGCAAAGAACCUUCAAACGAGCACUGGAAGAGUCUGAGAAUGAUUCUUUGGGUGGUUUCCUCACAGCGCCCAGGUUCGAUCGAGACGGUCGACGCAGAAGUACGAGGUCGAGCAUCAGUACGGUACAGCUGCCACAUGAGCACCGCGUCUCGGAAGCGGAUGUUGAUCUGCUGGAAACUAGAGUCAAGAAUAACUCGUCGCACCCUGUGGAGAAGAGUCUUCUCGAGAUGUGUAUGAGAAAGCCCGAUCCUUUGCCAUCGGUCAAUCCCCGACGAAGCAUUGUCAUCAUGGACGCUCGCAAAAGGGGAUUCAACACUGUUGGGCCAUCAAAGACCUCGCGAAAGAAAAGUUUAUUGGGCCUUGGAAGGCGCUGCAGUGUAAUCGGAAGCUGUAGUGAGGCGGAGCGGACUUCGGGAGUCAGCACUCCACUGAAGGAUCUCCUGGGCCUUUGGGGUCGCUUUCCGAGCCAUGCAAGAGAUGACAGAUGUGGCUCGGCAGGCGCGAAAGAUGGUGUUGCGGUCCGAGACUUUGCUCUUGCAUGUCAAGAUGAGAACAGUCCGUCCUGCUCAGCUGGCCACUCGAAGCUGAAUCCUAUGUUUGAUGUGCAGAUGCCUGAAUCUUGGAAGAUGCUGUCCUUCAGUACAGGCCGCUUCACCAAAAGGAAGACGAGGAGUGCUGGUUCACUGCGUGGUGCGCCGGCAGUGUGGCCACAGAAGAGCAAGAAAGGGCUUGCCGCGCGGUGGAAGAGGUUGUACCGGACUAGCAGCAUGGAAUUCCAAGCGUACACACACAAUUAUGGGCACCGGAGCAGCAUCGGUGUCGGUGAGAGUGUUGAGUAUCCCGAGCUUGAAGUGGUCCCCGGAAGCUUCGGGUGGCGAUCAGACUUGGACGGAACUAUGGAAAUCGAUGAUCAGCAUCCACGAGAUCCAGCAGGGUGUGUGCAGGAUCGCUUGCGGCAGCCACUGGAUACAGCACCUUGGACCCAGACAUACCGUGACUGCGUCGGAAGCCUUUCUGCUCUGAAGAGCGACCCGCACUUGCGGCGAACGAGCCUGGAUGAUGGGCCUGGACCAGCUCACGAUGGAAAUCUGGCUGUCGGAACCAAGCAAAGUGAAGAGUUGAGGGACAGCACAGUGGACUUCGAAUCGCAACUUGGAAAGGAGAAGGAGGCGGCAAAGGAGGGAUUGAUCCGCAAGGUUGAAAGCAUGCAACCCCUGCAAGCCUAA